AUGGAUGAGAUGGAUGGUAUGAGGUGGUUGUGGGGGGUUAGGGUUGUGGAGAUGGGUUGUGGUUUUUGUGUUGGGGUGUUGUUUGGGGUGGUGUUAUUUGGGGUUUGGGGUUGUUUUGGGGGUGGUUGGGUGAGGGGGGUGGGGGGGGGGGUGGGUGGUUGGGGUGGGGUGGGUGGGAUUAGUGGUAUUUGGGGGGGGUGGGGGUGGAGGGGGGGUGGGUGGGGGGGGGGUGGGGGGGGUGUGGUGGGGGUGGGGGUGGUGGGGGGGUAUGGUGUGGAUUGGGGUUUGAGGGGUUUGUGGGUGAUGUGGGUGUGGAUGUGUGGUUGGGGGGGGGUGGUUGGGUGUGGUUGGUGUUGGGGGGGGUGUUGUGAUGUGGUUUGGGGGGUGUUGGUUGUGGAUGGUGUUGGGGGGGUGUGUGUUAUGGAGGUGGGUGGGGGGUUGGGAGAGGGGUAG